AUGGAUAUCUACAUUCCGAGCGUGCCCAAAGAUGCAAACCACGUCGAGUUGCAGCGUUUCCUAAAAGACAAACUGCUCAAACUCGAUAUACUUGCGUUCGAUAUCAGAAAACACAAUACCCACAAAGGACGACCAUUUGCGAUACUCACAGUCCCAAGUACAAGCAAUGGCAACAGAUUCCUCCAGUAUUACGGCAGUCGUGGCAGACAGGCUCCUCUGCAUUCCUUGGUCUUCCAGGGUCAGGCACUCACGUUCUGCAAGAACAACAAGCCCGGGCAACCUGAUCCACUCAAGAUUAGAACGCUGCAGGAGAAGGAUGCAGCCAUGCGGUCAAAAAUGGGCAGUCAGGCGCCGACAGCCCAGGCUUCGCAAGCUGAUCAAUCAACACUUUCAUUCUCGGCUCUCAUGACGGGCGUGUGGGAUUACACCACCUUAGGGACGCUUUCAUUUCAGGAAAAGUAUAAAGACAAGAGGCAGGGUUAUAUCACGUUUGGGAAGUCCUCUUUAGUAGUGUACCUACAGGAGAGUACCCUCGAGUCUUACAAUUGGCAUUGUCGGAUUGAUAUACCCUAUGCAAUCAUCGAACACGUCGUGCCAUCCUUUGGCUUCGAAAAUCAAGGAAGGAACGGGGCCAUCACGUUUACCCUAAAGUCUCCUCCAAAGUUCUAUAGCAUUGAGUCUACUGACGAUCUGCAUCUUUAUGCUGGUAAAGAGGCACCUCAAGUGCAAAUUUUGCUCGCAGGUUUGGCAGCGCUCAACUUGACAUCAAAGCAAAAGACAAAUAGACUAGAGAGACUCUGCGCACUCAAUACCAAAAACACUAAGAAUUCCGCUUUGUGUAUGGUAUAUCAGAUCGCCUUUUCUGAUACGUGGAGUGCUCAGCAUGCUUGGAACUUCGUUAAGGACCACUCAGUACCUGAAGAGUAUUGUUGGCAAAAUAUGAUUCCCAACAAAGGCAGUCACAGGAUUGAAGAUGAACUUGUCGUCGUUGAGAGCAAGCUUUCCGCUUACAAUCCCUCCAUCCCGCCCGCCUUCAAUUUUGCGGUCCGCUAUCAGCUUGCAGCGCUCGUGUUAGAGGGUACUAUUACUCCAACGGCGAUGAUCAAUCUCAUACCGCAUAUCCACCAAAUCGCAAAGCAGCAUGGUGCUGAGACGACUGCAAUUGCAGUGAGGCGGCUAGGACAACAAGUGCCUACACCAGCCCCGGUCAUUUCCGCAGAGAUGUUCAAGGUGAGGAAGUUCGUUGAACUCGUACAAGAGAAUGUUGAGGAUUGCAAACAUUGGGGACUAGCGUACAGAGAUUUGAAUGGCAAGCAAAAGAAGCAUCAUCAUCUUGCUUUGACCUACAAAGCCACCGUAACACCAACAGGUAUACUACUCCGCGGCCCAGACUGGGAUGUAUCCAAUCGUGUCCUUCGAAGAUACACUACACGAACCGAGUACUUUAUGAGGGUCUUCUUCGCCGAUGAAGAUGGACUAUCCGUGUUCCAUGACUCACGUGCGUCCCAGAAUCAAGUCUAUGAGCGUUUCCGCAAUGUCCUUCAGAAUGGUAUUUCAGUUGCAGGACGGACCUUUCAAUUCCUCGGAUUUUCCCAUGCUUCACUGCGCAAUCAUCAAGCCUGGUUUAUGGCACCUUUCGAGAUGGACGGAUCCCUGGUCCGCGCCCGAAACGUUAUACAAGACCUUGGGGACUUUUCGCACAUUCAUUGCAGCGCCAAGUGUGCCGCCAGAAUCGGUCAAGCCUUUUCUGACACGAUAUUCUCAGUCCCGGUUCCAGAAACUGCCUACGUUACUGAGGUUAAGGACGACGUUGAGAGAAACGGUCGCACAUUUAGUGAUGGCUGCGGAACAAUAUCACUGGAGCUUCUCCGUACAGUAUGGCGCGCUCUCCCACCAGAGCGAAGACAGCAGAGGCCGACCGUUCUGCAGAUUAGAUACCGAGGCGCCAAAGGGGUCCUAUCACUCGAUGCAUCCUUGUCUGGCCAACAGCUACAUGUUCGCAAAAGCAUGACAAAGUACAUCGCCAAAGAAACCUGGAGAGACCUGGAGCUUUGUGGAGCUGCCUACAAACCACUAUCAGUAUUUCUUAACCAUCAGUUCAUCAAAAUACUGGAAGAUCUGGGUGUCCCAGCGGAGAAAUUUCUGGAUGUACAGGAUGAGGCUGUCAAAAUAUUGAAACUUAUUACUGAGCAUCCACUGAAUGCUGCUAGCUUUCUAGCAUACUCACACUCCUGUGUCUUUGCCAAGGUACCACAGCUGUUUGAAAUGAUGCACCGUAUAGGCUUGUCUUUCCAUGCGGAUCGAUUCUUGACCGACAUUGUAGAGGUAGCAGCUAUGUCGUCACUAAGAAGUCUGAAGUACCGCGCUCGAAUUCCGAUCGAGAAAGGCUACCUCUUGUACGGUGUCAUGGACGAGACAAAUACUCUCAAGUAUGGCGAGGUCUAUAUUGCAACAGAGGACCAUGACAAGACCGGCAAGCUGAAGAGGAGUAUCCUUGUUGGUAACCAGAUUGUCGUCACCAGAGCUCCAGCACUGCACCCUGGUGACGUCCAACUAGUGAAUGCAGUAGAUGUCCCAGACGACUCGCCCCUCCGUGCUCUUCACAAUUGUGUUGUGUUCUCACAACAGGGUCCGCGCGAUCUACCAUCACAAUUGAGCGGAGGCGAUCUUGAUGGCGACCUGUUUCACAUCAUAUACGACCAGAGACUCAUCCCUGCCUACACUGUGGAGCCAGCAGAAUAUGAUAAAGUCCCUGCAAAUGAUUUGGGUCGUCCAGUAGAAGCCAACGACAUUGUCGAUUUCUUCAUCGAGUACAUGAAAAUGGAUCGCUUGGGUCAGAUUUCUAACAAGCAUAAGAUUCGAGCCGAUGUAAAGCCUAACGGAACGCGACACCCGGAUUGCCUGAUCCUCGCCAAGCUUGCUUCUGAUGCUGUUGACUUUAGUAAGACGGGUGUACCGGCAGAUAUGUCGCUAAUACCCAAGGGGAUCGAUCACUUCCGGCCUGAUUUCAUGGCGCCGGGAUCCAACUUGGUCAUCAACGAGUUGGGGGCAGCAGAACUAGCAGGAAUUGAAGAAGACGACAUUGAUGACCCUGACAGCAUUAGUGUGCUUGACGCCGACAAAGGGAGGAUUCGUUACUACCGCAGUGACAAGAUCCUAGGAAUCCUGUACCGCGCCAUUGACGAAAAGAAGUUCUUCGACAAAAUGAAGAGCGAUUACGAAAUCUUCCGGCAGCGCUGGGGCAAAGAGUCGCUGGUCAAUAAACUCAAGCGCUACAUCAUUCGCGAGACACAAGGCUUACAGUGGGAGCACCACUGGGACUUUGCAGAGCAGCUGCGCGAGACGUACGAGGACAACAUGCUCGAGAUUAUGGAUACGCUGCGUCCCACGCGCGGCGCGCCUCUUACUGAACUGGAGGUCUUCAGCGGCAAUAUCCUUGGCAAGAAGGAGCGCGCGUCCUCCCGCUACAUCCGCGAAGCCAAUCUUGAGGUCCAGGAGCGCUUCAACCGCGAUGUCAGCAGCAUGAUCAAAACCAUUGUCCAUGGGGACAAGGACUGGGAUAGCGAGGAAGAUGCUACCGAGGCGUUGCCGCGAUCUAUUGCGUGUUUCAUGGUGGCGUUGGAGGUAAAGGGCUGGGAGAACUAUCGCAGUCUCCAAAGCUGGAAGUACGUGGCUGCUUCUGUAUGUCUGGAGCAGCUCUGGAAGUACAAUGGUGGUACGUUGCGUUGUCUUUGAGCAGGCACGUCGCUUCUCCGUUGAUAUGAGUUGGGUUGAUAUGUGAAGUGGACUGUACAAUACCCAUGAUGAUCCGGACACAUUCGGGAGGUCCAGAGCUCAUGAUGAUGAUGAUGAUGAUGAUGAUGAUGAUGAUGAUUUAUUUGUCUUUGUUUUUUUUCGGUACUGGUCCCGAACCCUUGAUUGCGGGUAUAUAUUAGAUGGGCACUGUUCUAGAGAAUAAAUUCAUUUACAAAAAGGGC